AUGCCCCACUCCGUGACCCUGCGCGGCCCUUCGCCCUGGGGCUUCCGCCUGGUGGGCGGCCGGGACUUCAGCGCGCCCCUCACCAUCUCGCGGGUCCAUGCUGGCAGCAAGGCUGCGCUGGCCGCCCUGUGCCCAGGAGACCUGAUCCAGGCCAUCAAUGGAGAGAGCACAGAGUUGAUGACACACCUGGAAGCACAGAACCGCAUCAAGGGCUGCCAUGAUCACCUCACCCUCUCCGUGAGCAGGCCUGAGGGCAGGAGCUGGCCCAGUGCCCCUGACGACGGCAAGGCCCAGGCUCACAGGAUCCACAUUGAUGCUGAGGCUCAGGACGGCAGUCCAGCGACCAGUAGGCGGCCCUCCAUCACUGGGAUUGGGCCAGAAGAUGGCAGACCAGGCCUGGAAUCUCCGUAUGGACAGCCCCCUCGCCUUGCGGUCCCUCACAAUGGCAGCAACAGCGAGGGCGUCCUGCCAGCCCAGAUGAGCGCCCUGCACGUAUCUCCACCCUCCAGCGCUGACCCAGCCAGAGGCGUCGCGCGGAGCCGGGACUGCAGAGUCGACCUGGGCUCAGAGGUGUACAGGAUGCUGCGGGAGCCCCCGGAGCCCACGGCCGCGGAGCCCAAGCAGUCAGGCUCCUUCCGCUACUUGCAGGGCAUGCUGGAGGCCGGCGAGGGCGUAUGGCUACCGACAGCCCCAAGCACCCAGAAGAAGUGGCGUCUGAUGUCCCCAACCCGCGCUCCGGUUUUCAGGGGAGCGGCCAGGGUCUGGCGGGCCACGGAACCUCAAGCCCGCGGCCAAGCUGGGCGCCCCGCUGAGCGGCCUGCAAGGCCUGCCCGAGUGCACGCGCUGCGGCCACGGGAUCGUAGGCACCAUCGUCAAGGCGCGGGACAAGCUCUACCACCCGGAAUGCUUCAUGUGCUGCGACUGCGGCCUGAACCUCAAGCAGCGCGGGUACUUCUUCCUGGACGAGCGGCUCUACUGCGAGAACCACGCCAAGGCGCGCGUCAAGCCGCCCGAGGGCUACGACGUGGUGGCCGUGUAUCCCAACGCCAAGGUGGAGCUCGUCUGAGCCCGCGCCUCCGCCCCGUGCCCGCUCUCUCUAGCUUCCGCGCGUGACCGUGUAAAUAGACGCUCCCCUAGCCUCUCUAAUAAAGCCCC